CAUUCUCCGUCUCAUACAACAGCAGCCAAGGACACGAGAGCAUCAGCAGAGAGAGGGAAAAGAGGAGAGAGAAAGGUGCCUCCUCUCGCCAUUGCGUUAAUUGUCUCUCUGUUGUAUCGGUGCUGGUUGUAAAUGCUGCUCUAACAGGAGGCGAUAGGAGUGGAGGAGAAGCGGGGAAUUUAACUUCACACACGGACAAACCUAUGCUUGGAUUUCGGCUCUUUUUCCCUUCGCCAAUGAAAAAGGAAAUAUGCAGCGAAGCUUCACCAUCCUCUACACCAGUUUACUGGGGAUGUGCUUGGGUUCAAGCUCAAGUUUUCCAAGUAACAUCAAUAUAGGAGGAUUGUUCCCAACCGAAUCGCACGAAUAUGAGGUUUUUCGUUUCGCCCUUUCUCACCACCAGGACAUCCCCAAACUGGUGCCGCAGGUGGAUAUGGUCAAGAUGGGGAAUAGCUUCUCCAUGACAUAUGCCUUUUGCUCCCAGUUCUCCAAGGGUGUGUAUGCCAUCAUUGGUUUGUAUGACAGAAAGACGGUCAACAUGCUCAUGUCCUUCUGCGGGGCACUGCACGUCUGCUUCGUCACCCCAUCCUUCCCCAUCGAGACGGCCAACCAGUUUGUCAUCCAGUUGAGGCCUGAGCUCCAGGAUGCUCUGGUGGGAGUGAUCGACCACUAUGGAUGGACCAAGUUUGUCUACAUGUACAGUUCGGACUCAGGUCUGUCAGUGCUGCAGAAGGUUCUGGACACAGCAGCAGAGAGGAACUGGCUGGUGACCUCAGUCAAUGUGGAGACCAUGACAGAGGCGUCCUUCUUGAAAGUGUUCCAGGAUUUGGACAAGAGGAAGGAGGGCCAGAUUAUCAUCGACUGUGAGACUGAGAGGCUCACUGGCAUCCUUAAAAAGAUUGUUGAACAAGGCAAAAAUGCGAAGAGCUACCACUACAUCCUGGCUAACCUGGGUUUUCUGGACAUUGACCUAACAGACCUGAGGAAAGGUGGGGCGAACAUCACCGGCUUUCAGCUCGUCAACAACUCUGAGCCCAGCGUCAGCCGUGUCGUCCAACAGUGGCUGGAGUUUGACAACAAAGACUCCAAAAUGCCCAAGAGUGGACUCAAAUACACAGGCGCGCUAACAUAUGACGGGGUCAAAGUCAUGUCCACGGCUUUCCAGAAUUUAAGGAGACAGAGGAUAGAUAUCUCUCGCAGGGGCAACGCUGGAGAGUGUCUUGCCAACCCACCAGCUCCCUGGGGACAGGGCAUUGACAUUCAGAGAGCCUUGCAGCAGGUCCGUAUAGAUGGAUUGACUGGUCACAUUCAAUUCAAUGAGAAAGGCCGCAGGACAAACUACACUGUUAGCGUCAUGGAACUGGCCCCCUCUGGACCCAAGAAGGUUGGCUACUGGAAUGAAGAUGAGAAGUACGUGACUACCGCCAGCUUCAUGAGAGGCAGCAAUGAGACUUACGGCCUACAGAACAGAACUUAUAUAGUCACCACUAUUUUGGAAUCUCCAUAUGUUAUGCUGAAGAAGAACCAUGAGCAGCUUGUGGGGAAUGAUAAGUAUGAGGGCUACAUUGUCGAGCUGGCUGCAGAGAUAGCCAAACAUGUGGGCUACCAGUACAAACUGAAGAUUGUUUCAGAUGGCAAAUAUGGAGCUAGAGAUCCUGAAACCAAGAUGUGGAAUGGCAUGGUGGGAGAACUGGUGUAUGGGAAAGCAGAUGUUGCUGUGGCGCCUCUGACUAUCACCCUGGUCCGUGAAGAAGUGAUCGACUUCUCCAAGCCUUUCAUGUCCCUGGGUAUCUCCAUUAUGAUCAAGAAACCCACCAAAUCCAAACCUGGCGUGUUUUCAUUCCUGGACCCACUGGCUUACGAGAUCUGGAUGUGCAUUGUGUUUGCCUACAUCGGCGUCAGUGUCGUCCUGUUCCUUGUCAGUCGAUUCAGCCCGUAUGAGUGGCAUGCUGAGGACUACGAGGAGGGAGGUGAGCCGCAGACUCCCACCCAAGCAUCAGCCUCCAACGGGGUGCAGCAGGGCCAGACACAAGCACAGCAGAACACCAACCAGCAGAGUCCUGAGCAGACCAAUGAGUUUGGUAUCUUCAACUCCCUUUGGUUCUCACUGGGGGCCUUCAUGCAGCAGGGCUGUGAUAUCUCACCACGCUCUCUUUCUGGACGUAUUGUUGGAGGCGUCUGGUGGUUCUUCACCCUCAUCAUUAUCUCAUCGUAUACUGCCAACUUGGCUGCCUUCCUGACAGUGGAGAGGAUGGUGUCUCCUAUAGAGAGUGCUGAGGAUUUGGCCAAGCAGACGGAGAUUGCCUAUGGAACACUGGAUGCCGGCUCCACCAAAGAAUUCUUCAGGAGGUCUAAGAUCGCUGUGUUUGAGAAGAUGUGGUCCUACAUGAAGGCGGCUGACCCGUCCGUGUUUGUCAAGACCACAGACGAGGGCGUAAUGAGAGUCAGGAAAUCCAAGGGCAAGUAUGCCUACCUGCUGGAGUCCACAAUGAACGAGUACAUAGAGCAGAGGAAACCGUGCGAUACUAUGAAGGUGGGAGGAAACCUGGACUCUAAAGGUUAUGGCAUCGCCACACCCAAGGGCUCUCCUCUCAGAAUCCCAGUAAACCUAGCGGUGUUGAAACUCAAUGAGCAAGCCGUCUUAGACAAACUGAAAAACAAAUGGUGGUACGAUAAAGGGGAGUGUGGCAGCAAGGACUCCGGAAGAAAGGACAAGACGAGCGCUCUGAGCCUCAGCAAUGUGGCAGGAGUCUUCUACAUCCUGAUCGGCGGCCUGGGCCUGGCCAUGCUGGUGGCGCUGGUGGAGUUCUGCUACAAGUCCAGGACCGAGUCGCGCCGAAUGAAGCAAUCCAUCAAUGACGCCAUGCGCUGCUCCACCCUGACCAGAAUGAGUGGCAACGGGAGCGGCGGAGAGAACGGAAGAAUCCUCACCCACGACUUCCCCAAGACCGUUCAGACGCUGCCCUGUAUGAGCCACACCGCCAGCAUGGGACUGGGUGCCUCUGGCAUGUGAUUAUCACGUGACUGUGCUGGCGGCGAGGAAUAGGCAGGGUGGGGCAGAAGAAGAGCACAAGACUCUAAUGACCUCAAAAAUCAUGGCUGUCUGGUUUGACCCAUCUUCUCCUGGCUGUCGACGCGCCCGACUUGAAAUUAACUUACUGCCAAAAUGCACUCUCGAACCGCUCCUUGCAAACUACGAACAGAGACUCGCAACGUUUUUUUUAAAUAAAUGGAUGUUUGAAAAAGAGAUAUUGAAAAAGGGAAAUGUGCUGCAAUAAAGAAGCCGUCAACGGGGCGUGUUUUUGAAUUUUUUACAGCGUUCAUUUAUGUGGGGAAAAAAGAACCUUAUUCUUCAGUGUGACGCCUGCGCUGUGCCAUUUCAAUGGAGCUGUUGACGUUAGUCUGCGUGUGCAAUAUCUUCACCUCCACUGCUGACCUUGUACUACCUAGAUGCUUUCUGAUUGCUGAUGGAACGUGUCUUUGCACAGACAUGGCAGAGGAGGAAAAAAACUUGUGACUGCUACGAUGAAUUGAUAUUGUUUUGAGACAUUCCUGCUCUCUUUCACUCACACAUUUACACGCCAUUUUGGAAGGACAAAGUGCUCUGUGUAGCAUAGCCAGAUUUUAUGAUAUAGUAUAUGGUUUACGCUGUUGUAAUAGCACAAAGAGCUUUGUCAGAAGUAGUUUGAUUUGAUUUACACUCGGCUGAAGGUUAAUGCUGUUUAAAUCAGCUGUUGACCAGGCUACAACAACCAUGCAUUGCUGCUACACCUCAUUUAACACAUCAUGCCUUGUCUUUGUGCCAUAUGACCAUUCUCACUAAUGCAAACACACACACACACUAUACACUUGUUGCUACUGGGUCAUUUGUUUGGCCAACAGAUAGAGAGUUUUAGUAUUUAAUGAUCACAAAAACAGUCAGGGUGCAGAUUCAGAAAUGCUCACUUUGACUUGUGUGAGAAGAGUUAUAUAAUUGAGAAAACACACUGACACAUUAUGUACAGUACUGAGUGACCUUACACUGUAUUCUACUGUUGUGACAUUCAUAGCACGUUAAAGAGCAAAGAUUGACAAACUCAGAUAUAAUCUGGAGUAAAUAUUCCUCAAACUAUUGUCAGAGCUGUUGCUGCAUUAUUUGCUUACUCCUGUGAUGUAUUUUCAGCUUUGUUCAGUUUUAAUGAAAUGGGCAGCGCAGCUAUUCGCUCUCAAUUUAUUGAGAGUGGCAUAUCCCCUGCAGAUUGUGCGUGGCCUAUAAAAGUAAAGUUGGUCUCCUCUUGCUGUUGCUAGCUAGCUCAGGAAGUAGGCGGGGUUGGAGCACUUGGUGUGACUGACAGAUUCACAGUCACUAUUAGCUGUGUUCACUGGAAGUCAAGGUUACGGUGGUCACCGCACUGCUCGGCUGUAGAGUUCUCCCUUUCAGAUCACGUCAAGUAAACAGAAAUCAGAGUGGCAGGCCCCGGACAGUAGAGGGCAGAGAUGACAAGGGCCGGACAGCCUGGGUUUGCCAUUUAGGGCCUUAAAGUAAAAUUCCACCUUAAAAAUGGAAAUACUGUUAACACAAAAUUACUAUCGGUGAUGCACUUUGCAUUUCCUGGCCCAUUUUAUCGGUAGUGGUGUAUUUUAUAUUCCUGUGUGUCUGACCAACAGAAGAGCAGAUAACAAACUUUAGCUCAUGCUGUGCUAUAGAAUCAAGUACAGAAGAAAAAUAAGGCUGGCAUGAUUAUAUUUUUUUUUAUUGUCAACAAAUCCUAUAAUGGACAUGACAACAAUGUGAUGGAUCAUCCCUCAGAGGCCCUAAAAACCUAUUUUCUCAAUCAGAACACAUCAGUUUCUGCUAAAUUUCAAACAGUUUUGCUUAUUUCUGAUUAAAUAUUUCAGUAUUUUUGGUCUUGUCUGUGCUCCUCUCACUUUUCUUUUGUGGGCGGGCCUUGGUUCAUUCUGUGAAGAAGUGAGGAUUUAGCAAUAUUUGACACAAAAUGUGAUGACAGUUGUAGGGUUGUUUGCUGCUGUUGUACACCAAUCAAAUUUGAUCAAACCACAGUCAAAUAGUUCUGAUAAUCUCAACUUUUUCUGGAUUUAAACUUUGACUGUAAUGCAUUGCAUGAUAGAUAUGCAGUGUUUUGAGUGGCUUUAAUACUCCGUUUGUGACACUUAGCCCCAAAACACCCCUUGAUUCCUACUGAAGACAUACAUAUUUAAUUUAAAUAUAUAUAUUUAGAUAUAUAGUUUCAUUGUUAAAAUAUGUUCAGUAUUUUACUAAAAGAGCUAGAAAUUGUAAUUUUUUGUGGUAAAUAGUGCAUUGGUUGGGGACUAUUUUCAGCAGCAGAUUACACAUUUUGUGCACUAUACACUGCAGGUUGAUGGUGUGGGAUUUACUCAAAAUAAACUACAGUGUUGUUCAUGGUAGUGAAAUAUCCAGAGCAACAAUGUGGCUCACUGAUAUGUUUUAGUUAAUAGAUGGAAGAGAAUAAGUUACAGUAUAUCAGGCUUUGACUGCACAAGCAAUACUUGUUUUGUAAGAUCAGUUAAUUGUUAGUUUUGGUCUUUUUAUUAGAUUUGUUGACAAUAUGAGAAAUAUAGAAUGUCACCAGCCUUUAAACUCUCAGUCUUACCUGGGAAAAUUGUCAAAGCAAAAGAGAAACCAAUAACAGUUUUUCACAGCCAGAAGCUAAAGGGUACAUUCUGUGCCGUCUUCCAACACGAACAUUGUUUCGUCUUACCUAUCCAUCACUUUAGCUUUCCACCCACAACACUAUUCCACUGCAGAGAACAACUAGUUCAGCUAUCUGGAUUACCAGAAAUCAUUCAAGAAAAUAUAGGAAACCAUCAAGUUAAGACUAAGCAGGUGAAGCAAGUUGAAGGGAAAAGUGGGUUAAUCAAAAUGGCAAAUUCCAGUAAUUCAUCACCACAUAAAGUCCUGACAUGCACUGAACAUCAUCAUCGUCACACAUGGUUGAUAUCUAAGAGUCCAACAGUGUCCAAAGGUGUGAUUUUACUUUAAGGUGACUGGAAGGUUGUGGCUCGAAAUGGGAUUCUCGCUGCUGUGGGAUGCCAGAGGUCAGCUUUACAUGUACCACACACUCCAGCUGACCUCUCGUUUCACAGCAGAGGCCAAGCGCCUGUACAAAGGCAGCACUCAUCCUCUUGCUUCCACAGAUAGUCUUGUAUUAUUUUUUCUUCUCCUCUGAUUUUCUGCUUUAAAAAAAUAUGGUACCAAAUCUAAUGUAUGACCUCUCUCUUUCUCUACAUCGUCAUACAAGCAAGAAAAAUGGGCAGUCAGAGUUUACCGAAAUCAUACAUAUCUCCACCUAUUAUGUAUAUAAAAGGCUUUUCUCUUCCCCAGUGAAAAUGUUUGUUCUCCCAAUCAUGCCUCAGUGUACUUGAAUUAGUUACCUACUGCGUGAGUACUUUUCCUUUCUUCCCUCAUCUAUGCGUCUUCUUUUGCUGAUGUUGUAUUAAUUAGGACACAGCACAGCACUCUUCAGUGGAGGCUUUACCUUUGGAAAGAUGUUUUAUAUGCCAUUACAGAUUUGUAAAAAAAAAAAAAAAAGACACUCAAUGUUUGUAUUAUAAAGGAGAGUUGGUGUGCCGGGGAAGUGUUAUACACUUUGAGGAGUGUAAAAAAUGAAACACACACACUGAUGUUGAAUAAACCGUAGAAGCUAAUGUUGUUUAAAGCCAGUUUUGGGUUAAUAUCAUUUUAUUUUGUUGCAAUUUCAAAAAGGACUUCCUGUUGGUGUUUUUUAAGUGCUUGAAAUUUAACACCAUUUGAAUAUUUCUUUGUCGCUUUCCUUUUUCACAGUAUUUUACUACUGGAAUCUAAUCACCAGAUUGUUCAUCUUUAUUGUUGUUUUUUUAAACAAUGGAAAGGGUGAUACUGAGUUUUCAAAUUAAAACGAUGGUCAAUAAAUGGGUUCACAGUUUUAAAAAAUGUAAAAGAAUUCAACUAUUAGGAAUCCAACUUUUGAGAAAUAAACUUUUUUUUCUAACCAAAGUGUCCUGGAAGGAAGUCAUCAUGCUUUUGUAACCGAAUAAAGGAAUAAACUAUG